AUGUCCUUCAAAGAUCGCACCAAUGAAUUCCACUCCAUGGUGGACCGUAUUCGGUCACGUUCAAACGCAUCAUCGACUCUCGAACGACGUUCACUCCUUUCAUCCCCUCGGAUGACUUCCAAUGGAAAACAAAAGCAACACCAUCCUCGAAGCGAAUUCUCCUUGAUGGCAGCAGAGAUCAGUCGUAAUAUCACCAGUACAGCAAGCAAGCUAGAGAAGCUGACCAAACUGGCCAAACGCAAGACCUUAUUUGAUGAUAAACCCGUGGAGAUCAGCGAAUUGACGUUUAUUAUCAAGCAAGAUAUUGCCAAGCUCAACAAGCAAAUUGCCAUGUUGCAAGAUUAUACCAAGCACCAACGCCAAUCCUCCAAGCAAGCAACCGAGCAUACAUCGAAUGUCGUUGUUGCCCUUCAGAGCAAGUUAGCCGAUACGUCAAUGAGUUUUAAGGAUGUACUUGAGAUUAGGACAGAGAAUAUGAAAAUGUCCAAGGACAAGCGCGAUCAGUUUCUCUUUUCGGCAUCCGAGCAAGCUGUGGAUCCAUCAUUCGGAAGCUCACCCUUGCUCAAGUCAAGGCGGCGUGAUUCACCACCCGAGGAUGCGCAUAAUCAGCAGCAGCAGCAACAACAACAACUCCAACAACAGCUACCACCACAACCACCACCGGAAGAUUCAACAUUAUCUCUGGGUAUACCCAUGAUUACACCCGAACAGCAACAGCAGCAGCAGCAAAUGGUCCUUGCAGAACAAGAUCGAUACAUUGAAAACCGAUCUACAGCCAUCGAAAGCAUCGAGAGUACGAUUGCCGAAUUGGGUUCCAUCUUUCAACAACUUGCUACCAUGGUUGCUGAACAACGUGAAACGGUACAAAGGAUUGAUCAAAAUACAGAGGAUAUCGAGAUGAAUGUGAUGGGUGCUCAGCGUGAACUACUCAAAUAUUAUACAAAUAUCAGCUCAAACCGAUGGCUCAUGAUCAAGAUUUUUGCUACCAUUAUAUUCUUUUUCCUACUGUUUACCUUAAUCAUGUAG